AUGGCACCACACGCGGAAAUAGGCGUCGGCUCCAUGAACGGGUAUAGCACUCACCACACCGCCGACUCAGCUCAGUCACCAAAGGAACUCUUCACGGUUAACUCGCCCAACGUGGUCUAUACCGACGACCACAUCAAGAGCAAGUAUAUCUACCGGACCACGGCGGUCAGCAAGUCAGCCGACGGAAAAUUCACGGCCACCCCAAAGGAAACCACCUAUGACUUCCAGGUUGACCGGAAAGUGCCCAAGGUCGGCAUGAUGUUGGUCGGGUGGGGUGGCAACAACGGCUCCACAGUCACGGCAGGAAUCAUUGCCAAUCGACGUGGCCUGGUUUGGGAUACCAAGGAAGGUCGGCAGGCCGCCAACUACUACGGCUCUGUUAUUAUGGGAUCCACCAUCAAGCUGGGAACUGAUGCAGAAACCAACGAAGAGAUCAACAUUCCAUUCCACGAUGUCUUGCCUAUGGUGCACCCUAACGACAUUGUUGUCGGAGGUUGGGACAUCAGCAGCAUGAACAUUGCAGCUUCUAUGGAUCGUGCCCAGGUUCUGGAACCGACGUUGAAAGCUCUGGUCUACAAGGAAAUGUCUCUCAUGAAGCCCCUGCCAAGCAUCUACUAUCCCGACUUCAUCGCGGCCAACCAGGAAGACCGGGCCGACAAUGUUCUUCCCGGCAGCAAGGCAUCCAUGGCCCAUGUGGAGCAAAUUCGAACUGACAUCAGGACCUUCAAAGCCGAGAACAAGCUCGACAAGGUCAUUGUUCUCUGGACGGCCAACACGGAGCGGUACGCGGACAUCAUCCCGGGAGUCAACGACACGGCCGACAACCUAAUGAAGGCCAUCGAGCAAGGACACGAGGAGGUAUCUCCCUCGACGGUCUUCUCCGUGGCCUGCAUUCUGGAAAAGACGGCCUUCAUCAACGGGUCGCCGCAAAAUACCUUUGUGCCCGGCGCGAUCCAACUCGCCGAAAAGCAUGACUCGUUCAUCGGCGGCGACGACUUCAAGUCCGGCCAGACCAAGAUGAAGUCCGCGCUCGUCGACUUUUUGAUCAACGCCGGGAUCAAGUUGACGUCGAUUGCCAGCUACAACCACCUGGGCAACAACGACGGCAAGAACCUGAGCUCGCAGAAGCAGUUCCGCUCCAAGGAGAUCUCCAAGUCUAACGUCGUCGACGACAUGGUCGCCGCCAACAGCGUGCUGUACGCCAAGGACGAGCACCCGGACCACACCGUCGUCAUCAAGUACAUGCCCGCCGUGGGGGACAACAAGCGCGCCCUGGACGAGUACUACGCCCAGAUCUUCAUGGGCGGCCACCAGACCAUCAGCAUCUUCAACGUCUGCGAGGACUCACUGCUGGCCUCGCCCUUGAUCAUCGACCUCGUGCUCGUCGCCGAGAUGAUGACCCGCAUCCAGUGGAAGACCGAGAGUGCUGCGGAGUACAAGGGCUUCCACAGCGUGCUCAGCAUUCUCAGCUACAUGUUGAAGGCCCCGCUCACCCCACCCGGCACCCCCGUCGUCAAUGCCCUCGCCAAGCAGCGCAGCGCCCUGACCAACAUCUUCCGUGCCUGCGUCGGACUACAGCCCGAGUCGGACAUGACGCUCGAGCACAAGCUCUUCUGA